UCGGCGAAGCUUGUUGUUUCGCCGCCCCAUGCCGUCACCACCGACAUUGACAUUGAUCGCGACAUUGCAGUCCCUUUCUCACGUGCAGCGCCAACAGCUGCUCGCAACGAGGCACACUAUUCUCUACGGGGACAGUGCAAACCUCGGACGCAAUAAGGAGUGUGGUAUAAAGGACCACCGAUCGAUAGCCCGGCGACAUCUCUCGACACUCCAGCAAACAUUGACGCAGCAUCGGAGCCCACCGUGGGCAUGCCAGAAGAUCGUCUCGACAAGACCCUUUCUGCGGUUCUGACUGCCGCCCUGGAGAAUUGCCAGGAGGUUUUACAUUCCAACGUUGCGCGUACAAGUUUUACUCUCCAGAUUGAACAGCUCGACCGUCUACUGAGCAACUUCCAAGUAAACACCCGAAGCACGCUUAAUACUCGCCGAAGCUCAGACCGCCUACUCCCGGCCGAGAUCCUCAUCAUCUCGUUCCAAUAUGUCCUCGACACCGUCUCGAUAUCGGCCGUGGCGGAAGGUUGUGUCUGGGAAAGCACGUUCCGCACUAGUCCUGUCUUACGGACGCUCUCGCGGGUCAGCAGAGUAUGGCGUCAUUUGAUCCUCGGUCUGCCUUCCGUGUGGACUGUCAUCCGCGACUACCACCCGGACGCCUUUCUGGCAUACGUUGAACGAUCACGGGACCGCCUCAUAUCCGUGCACCUUGGAAGGUCUGGAAUCGAGCAAGGCUUCCCCGAACUCGGCUUGCAUCUCUGCGAGCUCCGUGGGCGACUGAGGGAGCUGUACUGGACCACGAACCGCCCGUUGGCCUCAAAGGUCGAAGACCUCGAGUUUCGAGCCCCGUUGUUGGAAGUCCUCUAUAUCUCCCAUGACUAUGACGACAUGGACAACGACGGUGAUACUGGUUGCGAUAAACCUAUACUAUUCAAGGGCUACGUACCGAGCCUUCGCAGGUUCCACUUAGAAGCUGUCGGAUGGCUCCCGGGCAACCGUUUCGAGUCGCUCACGCACUUGUGCCUAAACUACAUCUUUCACCCCGUCAAGUUCUCGGACAUGAUCGGCUUUCUGUCGCGCUGCCCACGGCUCGAACACCUCGUGUUCAUCGCCAUCGCCGUGUCCUCCGAACACGACAACCAGAACCCCCCUCUGGAACCUCCGAAGACCUGGGAUCCCCCGCUGCUCCCCAACCUCCGUCGCAUUUCGUUCGACCACACAGCCACAGAGGUGGUCAACGACUAUCUCCGCUUUCUCGCUCCGCGCCAUCCGAAAUUUGCCCUCCAAGUGCGUCAUAUCCCGCGCGAGGACAGUAUCGGCCUCACGGCCGUGAAGAUCUCCGAGCAUGCCACCGCCUUCACCGCUUCGCUCACACACCUCGCCUACAUACGCACCCACUGGCACUCGCACAUCAAUAUUGCCGCAUCCGGUCCGUACUCUGCACUCCGCUUCGAUACCGACUCCGUGCACAUCGACGACAAAAUGUGGUCACGGGAGAAGCCGUACGUGUGGGCGUUCGAGCAGCUCCACCAGCUUUCGCUGGCCGCGCAUAUCCAGGUCUUCUACUUCGGCUUCUACGACGGUCAUCAGCCCGGCCCUCUGAUCACUGAUUUCAUCAUGAACCUCCCGGCGCUGGACCAGCUCGUUGUUUACACGGAUGACCUCAGCCGGGCCCUUGACGGGCUAUACAACGGCAACGCGCUUGCGUGGGGUCCGCAGAGAACCGAAUGGAGUGUGAGGCAGCUCGACAUCGUCGUGGUGCCGGACAUAACGGCCGCCCGGCGGGGCGACUUCUUCGAGCCGUUCGACGGCGCAGACCCGGACGCGUACUGGGAACUCUUCAUCGAGACAGUCCGCAUCCACUCCCCGUUCGACGCGACGAUCUUUGACGGCCCCUUGAAGGCGCUGAGGCAGCUAGGUCCGCUUGUGGAGUACUAUCAAGGGAGCAGGGGGCCGCGGAUACCUUUCCCGGAGUAUGUACCUGGUGUAUCAUAUGCAUCCGCGUCACUUCAAGUUGGCGCGGUCGGGGAGUUCACCUAUGACUUCCUGCGCAUCCAGCAGGCGCAGCCGCCUGUGCCGCCACCUAGUCCUGUUGGACACGGGGGCGAUGCGGUGGCACGCCUCGGUGCUGCGUAUACCGGUGCAGGGACAUGGCCCGGGCUUUGGCAAGCGCACACUGGGAUCAACCGGUCGUCUACAUGA